GGCUAUUGUAGAGUGUGGGAGUUCUGGUGGCUUCAGUGAGAAGAGGUGAUGGUAAGUCUCUGCUCUCCAGAUGCUCAACAGAUUACAAGAUUGUGGAGAAUCACUUAACGACCUGAAUAAUGUACCCCUGCUUGCCUCAGAUAUCUAGAAGAGGAUCUGAUCAUCAAGCUGCUGUACCUAGAGCGGUGGCUGUCGGCACCUAUCUGUGGCAGCUUCAAUGGAAUCUGAAACGAGACAGGAAUUGGAAGCUCCCUCUGCCUCCAGGAUCCAUGGGACUUCCAUUUGUUGGUGAAACUUUCCACUGGUUCCUACAGGGCUCUGAGUUCCACGCCUCCAGAAGGAACCAACAUGGAAAUGUGUUCAAAACACAUUUGCUUGGACGACCUGUGGUUCGUGUGACAGGGGCUGAAUACCUACGUCCUCUGCUUAUGGAGGAGCAUAAUUUGGUUGGCGUCAACUGGCCUCGCAGUGCCCAAGAUAUGCUGGGGUCCAGCAGCCUGGCAAACUCCAUCGGAGACAUCCACCGCCACCGGCGCAAGGUCUACGCAAGAAUUUUCAGCCACUCUGCUUUAGAGAGUUACUUGCCGCGAAUUAGGAAGUUGGUGGGAGAGACAGUAAAGGACUGGUGUGCCAGGGAACACCCGGUCACCGUGUAUCCAGAGACCAAGCAGCUCACAUUCCGAAUAGCCGUGGCAGUACUGCUUGGAUCCUUGCCGGGCGAGGAGGAGCUGACUGACCUGUUCACCACCUUUGAGCAACUCACCAGGAAUAUUUUCUCACUGCCCUUUGACAUUGCAGGCAGUGGCUACAGAAAGGGUAUUCGAGCUCGGGACAAGCUCCACCUAUACUUUGAAAAAGCUAUAGAUGAUAUACGUCAAUCCAGUCCCUAUGAAGAAAACUCCAGUGCCCUGAGCAUCCUGAUAAAGAGCAGCAAAGAACACAGGAUGGAGAUGAGCACACAAGAAUUGAAGGAAGCGGCAGUGGAGCUGAUGUUUGCUGCCUACGCCACCACAGCCAGUGCCUGCACCUCCCUCAUCCUGCAGCUGCUGAAGAAUCCAGCCGUCUUUGCCAAGCUGAAAGUGGACCUCCAGACGAGGGGAUUCUGGCCUGAAACCACCGGCAGAGAGGACACCUUACACCACGCUGACAUCACCCAUCUGCAGUACCUGGAUUGUGUGGUGAAAGAAGUACUGAGGGUGCUCCCACCCGUGUCGGGGGGAUAUCGAGUGGCCCUCCGGACUUUCGAGCUGGCGGGUUUCCAGAUCCCCAAAGGAUGGAGUGUGUUAUACAGCAUUCAGGACACACAUAAUACUGCCCCCAUAUUCCAGGAUCCUGAAACAUUCGAUCCGGAUAGAUUUGCCAAAGAUCAAAUGGAAGGCAAGAACAUCCGCUUUCAUUAUCUGCCUUUUGGUGGAGGUGUUAGACGAUGCCUUGGCAAAGAGCUUGCAAAACUUAUCCUGAAAGUCCUUGCUAUUGAGUUGACCAUUGUCAGUCAUUGGGAGCUAGCCACCAAGACAUUCCCCAAAAUGCUGCUGGUGCCAAUCGUUCACCCUGCUGAUGGACUAAAAGUGCAGUUUUCAGCUCAGCUUUGCAACAGGAGCUAAGUUUCUAGAAGAAACGUGCUGUACUGUGAUCGAAUGUUCAAGAACUCACUAUCAUGCUGGUGGUUCAAUUUGCAAGUAACGUUUCAGGAUAUAAUAUCAAGGAGAACUCAUAACUGAUGGUGUUCUGUUCAAGUAAAACCAUUAACAUCCCUGAGCUAUGAUAAGAACAUUAGACUCUUUAUUCUGUGAUACAAGGGGAUUUUUGGACCCAGUGUCAGUGUUAAACACUCCCAGGUGGGGAAAAAAAGGCUCAAGUUAGAUGCAGGGUAGAAUUUCGACUGCACUUAGCCUAACAUUUGUACAAGCUCCUUCUGAAGAUUGUAUGGUGUGAAAUUUGGACUUGUGAUCAGUAACUCUUAUGGGUUUAAAUUACUUAAUUAGUACCUGAUCAGCAAUACUGGGUUGAAACAUUUCAGAUUGAUUCCAGGUCAGAGGCCAAUAGUUAUAAUUGGUAUUUAUCCAAUUAGUCUGUUUGUACCCACCUAUUGUGCUACCUAACCCAAUAUUUUGAUCACUUUCAGGAGGUUUUUAAUGCCCUCCCAACAAGCAUUUUUCCACAGUAUCAUGUUUUAAUCAGUAGAAUGAAUUGAGACAUACAAGAGUUAAAAGUUAUUAAAUCUUUGCUUCAAUUCACAUACCAGAAUUGGACAUUGCACUGUGGUAGCUGUGUCCAUUUCUUUUGAACACAGAUGUGAAUGUCAGAUUUACUUUAUGCAAGAAACUAUGCAGCUCCAAUUGGAUAUUCCAUUUGGUGCCACUGAGUGUUUUGAUAAGUAUUCACUUAUAUCAGUACUGACUAUAUAUUAAUUAUGGUAAUUACCAUUUAAUGAUUAUUUUUGCCAGGUGUUACCUGCCUUAGAAAUGAAUGUCUACUUUUCUCUAUUUCUGGUUAAUUUAUUUCUAUUGAAGCCAUUAUAUGCUUUAUAACAAGUACUCCAUGGCCCUCAAAUGGAAGUGGAAUAAACCAAGGAAUACUUCUUC